UAUAUGCUUCCUUUGGGCAAUAUUAUAAGGAACCACUCUAUAAACUUUCAUUGUUAUGCGGAUGAUACCCAAUUAUAUCUAUCAAUUAAACCAGAUGAAACCAAUCAAUUGGCUAAACUUCAAGCAUGCCUUAAGGACAUAAAAACUUGGAUGUCUAGCAACUUUUUGAUGUUAAACACAGACAAAACUGAAGUUAUUAUACUUGGCCCUAAACGCCUCCGAAACGCAUUUUCUAAUGACAUAGAAGCUCUGGAUGGCAUUAACUUGGCCUCCAGCACCACUGUAAGGAAUCUUGGCGUCAUCUUUGAUCAAGAUCUGUCGUUUAACUCCCACAUAAAACAAAUCUCAAGGACUGCCUUCUUUCAUCUACGUAACAUUGCAAAAAUAAGACACAUCCUGUCUCAAAAUGAUGCAGAAAAACUAGUCCAUGCAUUUGUUACUUCAAGGCUGGAUUACUGCAACUCAUUGUUAUCAGGUUGUCCUAAAAAGUCGCUUAAGACUCUUCAGUUGAUCCAAAAUGCAGCGGCACGUGUAUUGACUAGAACUAGGAAAUGGGAUCAUAUUACUCCUGUAUUAGCUGCACUGCACUGGCUCCCGGUAAAAUACAGAAUAGAAUUCAAAAUCCUUCUCCUGACUUACAAAUCAAUUAAAGGUCAGGCUCCAGCAUAUCUUAAAGAUCUCAUAGUACCUUAUAAACCAACUAGAGCAUUACGCUCCCAGACUGCAGGGUUACUUGUGGUUCCUAGAGUCUCUAAGAGUACAAUGGGAGCCAGAGCCUUCAGCUAUCAAGCUCCUCUCCAGUGGAACCAGCUUCCAGUUUGUGUUCGGGAGGCAGACACACUCUCCACAUUUAAGAGUAGGCUAAAGACUUUCCUUUUUGAUAAAGCUUAUAGUUAG